AGGUCAUGGUCUCAUGGUCGUGGGAUGGAGCCCUGCAUCGAGCUCUGUGCUGAGUGUGGAGCCUGCUUGGGAUUCUCUCUCACCCUCUCUCUCUGCUCCUUUCCUGCUCAUGCUACAUGUCCACGCUGCAUGCAGUGCUCUCUCUGUCUUUCAAAAUAAAUAAAUAAACAUUAAAAAAAAUAGUCUAAAUGAUUUCAGCAAAACUCAGACGUUGUGGAUCAGGGUAGUAUGGGGAUGGGUGGGGUGUAAUAGCAUUCUUUGCUAUCAUUGGGAUGUUGGCAGGGGUAAGUAUGGGAAUGAACUGCCUUGGUGAGGAGAAAAAGGCUUUGUAAUAGUAUUAAAAUUUUUUUCAAAUACUUCAGGGUAAAUAUCACAAAAAAAGGCACAGGAUCCAUGUGAAGAAAAUUAUAAACUCUCAAGGAUGUGAAAGCAAGAUCUGAAAAAAUGUAAAUAUAUAACAUAUUCCCAGAUGGGAGGACUAAAUAUAUAUAAAAUUAACAGCAAUUCAUUACAGCUUCAGUGGAGAGUUCUUUGGGUAGUGGGGAAUUAGAUAAUGAUCUCAGUGUGCAUAUAGUAGAAUAAAUGUUUUGGAAUAGCCAAGCAAAUUUAGAAACAAAAUAGUGAGGUGGUCCUUGCUUUACCAUGUAUUAAAGCAGAGUCUAAAAUCACUAUGCUCUAAGCAGGAUGGUAUUAGCAUUUGAAUAAAGACGAAUGAACAGAAUAAAGUGCCCAAGUCCUUGUAUAUGUAGGAAAAAUAAUUCUAAAAACAUGAAAGUUUCAUAAGCUUAGACCACUUGUCUUCUCAAAUUCUCAGAUUAGCAAAGAUCUUAAAAUAAGCUGGCUGGGACUCCAUAGGACAUCAGAAAUACUGAACUUCUUUAAAAAAAUGAUUUUUAAAUGUUUAUUUAUCUUAGAGAGAGAGGCAUGAGCAGGAGAGAGGCAGAGAGAGAGGGAGGCACAGAACUCAAGGCAGGCUCCAGGCUCCAUGGUGUCAGCACAGAGCCUGACAUGGGGCUCAAACUCAGGAACUGUGAGAUCAUAACCUGAGCCGAAGUCAGAUUCUCUACUGACUGAGCCACCCAGGAGCCCCAGAAAUACUGAACUUCCUGAUGUUCUAUUUAUGCUGCCAAGAGGAGCACACUGGAACCAGAAACAAAAGACCUUUCCUCUUGCAGUGUCUGUAGACCAGCUACAGACUAGCUUAACAUUCAGGCAUCAGGCAAAAGAAAAUUAUUUAAAGGGUCCAUCUUAAUUUUCUCAGAACAGGCAAUGAAGGGUAGAUUGGGAGCUGAGAAGCAAUAAAUUGAAAGCUGACAUACCCUUGAUUCUUCUUUUUCUUUCAGUCCAACUCUCCAUAUGUAGUUCCUCUGUAGUUUUUUUCAUUUUUUAUUUUUUUCAUUUUUCAUUUUUGAGAGAGAGGGAGAGACAGAGUGUGAGUGGGGAGGGGCAGAUAGAGAGUGAGACACAGAAUCCAAAGCAGGCUCCAGGCUCUGAGCUGUCAGCACAGAGUCUGACAUGGGGCUGGAACCCACGAACUGUAAGACCAUGACCUGAGCUGAAGUUGGACACUUGAUUGACUGAGCCACCCAGGCGCCUUAGUUUUUUUGGUACCACCUUGAAAAGUAUCCUUAGUCUGUUUCUCUCUAACACUGUUCACUGCUAAUCAUUGCCUGGCCUGUUCAUCUCUGGCUUGGCUAGCUCCUUCCUAGUAUCCUUGCUGUCUUCUCUGUCUCUGAUUUCCACAUAGCAGCUACAGAGAGCUUUUUGUUUAUUUAGUUUUUUUUUUAAGUUUAUUUAUUUAUUUUGAGAGACACAAAGAGAGAGAGUGCGCAUACAAGUUGGGGAGGGGCAGAGAAGAGAGGGAGACAGAGAAUCCCAAGAGGCUCCGUGCUGUCAGCACAGAGCCCCAUGCGGGGCUCCAUCCCACGAACCGUGAGAUCAUGACCCAAGCCGAAAUCGAGUUGGCUGCUCAAGCGACCUCGCCACCCAGGCGCCCCUACAGUGAGCUUUUUAAACCACAGAUUUGAUCAUGUUGCUUUUCUGCCAUAAGACCCUUCAAUGGCUUCUUUUUGCAUUAAAAUAAAAUUCAGACUCCAUUCUAUGGUCUCUAAGGCCUACACAGUCCCAAGCCCUCAUCUGUUGAUCUCAUCCACUGUGCUUCAGCCACAUUGGCUGACUUCUCUCCUUUUCUCUUCCUUCUCUCUGUUCUGGUUUUUACUCUUUCCUCCCUCCCCCUGUUCUCUUUCCCUUUCCCUUUUAUUUAUUUAGCUGCUAUUUAUUGUGGCCUACUAUGUGCCACACAAGUACAGGCAACAGAGCAGUGGUUACAAUAACAAAAAUCCCUGCCCUUAGGGGGCUUACAUUCUGUAGGAAUAGACAAAAAUUAGUAAGUAAUCUAUUUUGCUUGUCAGAUGGUAAAAAUUUCAAAGGAGAUCAACCAUGAAGAGGGAUACAGAAUACGGGGGCUGAGUCCGUGGGUACAAUUUAAAAUAGGGUGGUCAGGGAUCCUAAGAUGGCAUUUGAGCAAAAACCCAAGGGCAGUGAGUCUCUUUUCCUCUUCCUUGAACUCACCAUGCUUGUCCCCACUUCAAAGCCUUGUUUUUUGCUUUGCUUCUGCUUGGAACGCUCCUCUCCAAGAUCUGUGCUUGGCCAACAACUCUGCCUCCUUUCUGUCUCAGCUCAAAAGUUACCUUCUCAGAGAUGCCUUCCCUGACUGCCAGGUUCAAAUAAGUAACUCCUCCCAUUUCUCUCCAUCACAUCUCUCUUGUUACUUUCGUUUUCUGUUUUAAAUUUUCUGAUUAAUGCAUACCGUCAUUUGAAAUGAUCUUGUUCCUGUAUUUAUUUAUUAUCUGAUGCUCCCCUAGUAAAAUGUUAGUUCUGUAGGGGACCUUGCUGUCUUGUUUCCCUGCUGGAUGUCCACGGUCUAGAAUAGAAGACUCUCAGUAGACACUUGUUCAGUGAACAGAUGGAUUUUGCAGGCAGAAGAUUCCAAUGGGAUUCCUUAGAUGGUGUAGCUUUACAGAGUAAAGAAGUGUGGGCUCUGGCCCCAAGGCCUCUGGCAGGAAAGAAAGGAAGCCCCUGUGGGAACUGGUCAGGACUGGAACUCAGGGGCUCAUGGUGUUCCUGGCAUUUUCUGGUUAGUUUCUGAAGUGAAUUUGUUUUUCCUUUGUUUCCUCACCUGUUUGUGCCCUCUGAUUUUCCAUAUGACUUUUAUAGCGGAUGAUGUGUCACAACUUUCCAUUUCAUCAGCCUACCUGGCUACUUUGCGCAUUCAGUUCAGCUGGUGUUUAUUACAGAAGAUCCAGUCCCACACCUGGUACAGUGCUUCACGACCGCUGGAGCCACACCACUGAGCACCUCGCUCCCUGCAUGCAGGGGACGCACACCCCUUCUGUUUCACUGUAUUUUGCCUAUGCAAAGUUGAUUCUCUUUUUGUUUUACUUUAACCAAAUGUAUUACCCACAUGAUCUGAUCUGAGGUGUAAGCUAAUUGGGUGGGUUUUUCUGUAGACCAGAUAUUGUCAGCAACCUUCAUUUUGGUUUAACUGGUUGGUCCUGGUUGAGAAAAGCUAAAAUUUCACAUGCCUGUUUUUCGUACAUCUUUUCUUGGCCACAUUAUAUCUUUUGCAAAAUGUUGGAAAACCAGGGGAGUGAAAUAUUUAGCCGUGUGGUAAAUAUUAGGUUUGUUGGACUACAUCAGGCCUUUGGUCAGUUUAACCUAGCAUGUGCCAGUUAGACUCAGGACACUCAUGAGCCACCCAUAGUAUGUCCAGCUGUACACACAUAACACUUUUAUCCUAGGUCCUACCAGUUUUUUCUCAGGUGCCUAUUUGAAUGUCUGUGUCCAAGAUAUUGUUCAAACACUAACGUAAGUUGGCACAUUGCAUAAAUACAGUAAAAUCUCACAAUAUUCCAUUUAUUUAUUAUUCUGUCAUGAGCUUCUAGUUUAUCUUUGCGGUUGAGAAAUAGAGCUUGUGAAACAUCUUAAUAAUUAAGAUUAUCUUAUUUCAGUAAAGACUGAAAGAAACGUGAUUAAAAUGAUUACCGUGUUGAAAAAACAUGACUAAGGUGAUUGUUGUUAAUUAGCAGAAGAUCACCAUUGUCAGAAGAAGUAAAUUCUUCAGAAUCCUGAAUUUGAUUUGAUCACCUUCUAGGUUUUCCUUAUAAUUGUUCAAAGAAAGAGUUAUUCAUUAGUGGUGGGGCUUCUUUCUUUUUCAUUUUCUUGUACUUGGUUUCAGUUGUCUCAGUUUUCUUACCUGUAAAACGUGGAUAAUAAUAGUGUUUACUUUAUAGGAUUUAUGUGGGAACAAAAUCAGUUAAUACAUAAAAAAUAUUUACCUGUUACUAGAACAGUGCCUGGCACCUGGUUAGCACUGUCUUUUAUGCCACUAUGCUGCGGUUAACUUUAUAUAUUCCAAAACUGCUAUCCUUGCAGAAGUGGUGAUCAGUGAAGACUAUCGGAAUCGGGUGUAUGAACCCAAAUUUGGUUUCUAGCUUUAUCUAAAACAGGAUGAUACUUAAAGCCAUGAGAAUAGAUGAGUUCACUCAGGAAAGAGUGUGUGUCAUGAACAGAGAGGAGUAUUUCAGACAGACCCCUAAGAAAUGCUGACAUGGGGAGAGGAAAUGAAAACCUGUAAAGUCAAGUAGGAGGAAGUGGCUGGGGGUUUAGCAAGAAAGCUGGAGAAGGAAAAUCAGGAGAGUUUGAGGUCAGAAAGACAAAAGAGGAAAUGGUUAAAUGUUGCAAACACAAGAAUGAUAAGGAUAUGAUGGAUUUGUUGGAUUUAGCCACCAGGUGGUUUAUGAAUUUGGUGAGAGUGAUUUUAAUGCAGUGAUGUGGGAAUCUGAAGCCCAAUUAUAAUGGGCUAAUCAAUGAAUGAGAGGAAAUAGAAGAAUUUCAAAAACAAAACAACUUUCAGUAAAUUUGACUGUUAUCAGGAGGAUGGGACAUGACAGUUUUUUGGUAGUUAUUUGUAGAGAUAAGAUGUUGUGAACAGCAUCUUUAUUGCCUCAUAAACCACCUAAAGAAUGCACGUAUAAGCACUGAAGGUGCUUAUGCAAGGGGCAUUAGUGUACCUGGAGCAUUUUGGGAAGGAGCGCCUGUAGUAGUAUUGCACGGCCUCAGAGUUGACAGUUGAAUAGGAGUUCGGUGGGCACACAGACAAGGGAGAAGGAUACUUUAGGUUUGGAGAAAAGCAUGGAUUUGUGCAUCAUUGUAGCAUGUUUGAGGAAUUCUGAUGAUUUAGUAACUGCUAGAGCAUAAAGGUAAGCUCAGUAGUCCAGUGGGCCUGGACAGGUGAGCAGGGUUGAGAGCAUGGCAGGGGUGGGCCUUAGAGUCUUAAAUUUUAUCGUGUGGGUCCUUGCUUCUCAGCGGAGUUUGUGUGGAUGUGCCAGGAGGUAUGCAAAGCUAUAGGAUACGCACGAUACGUCUUCUUGGAGUAGACAUUUAAUUGGAUUUGGGGGAAAUUAUGGUUGUAUUAAAACAUGAAUAUAUUAUACAGAAUCAAAAAUUAAAGACAAAAUAUAAUUUUAUAUUUAAAAAUUUUUAAAUAACAUAUUUUCCUGGCUGGCUUCUUCAGGCUGUACCUUGUGCCUCUUCUAGCCCUCCAUUCCCCAUCACUUUUCUUCAGGUGAAAGAGUUGAUCCAUCCAUAUAGGUGAUGUGCAAUCAUUGCAGAAUUGUAAGUAGGAGUGGUUGACCUCUGUAUUUGGUAAAGAUUGCCCCAGAGGAGGGUGAUUUCAGCCUUCCGGGUCAUACAACCAAGGGGCACCACUCCCAUUGAAUAUAAUGAAGAAUAGCCCUGAAUAGAUAAGAACAGAGCAGGAGGACAAGACAGGACAGGGGAACUUCUUUUUUUCUUUUUUUUUUUUUAAUAUAUGAAAUUUAUCGUCAAAUUGGUUUCCAUACAACACCCAGUGCUCAUCCCAAAAGAUGCCCUCUUAGGACAGGGGAACUUCUAAUGAGGCCACUGAAAUGAGCUAGUGGUCUCUGCAGUAGGAUUAGGGAAGAGGGAACAAAAAGAGGUAUUUGAGGAAGCAGAAUUGAUGCAACUAGUGUAGAAGAGGAGGGCCUAUGAUAUGAUAGCAGAACCGGGGCUGACUCCAAGUUUUCUGGCUUAGCAUCUUGAGAGGAUGAUGGCACAAUUUCCUAGUACAGGGAAUAGAGGAAGAACAGUUUUGCCUACAGGAAGAGAUAAAUUCAGUGUUAUGGAGAGGUCUUUGGGCCAUGCAGGUGGAGAAGCAGGUGGUUGGCGGUGUGUGUGUAACUCUUUAGAAAAGCCUGUCCUGAAGAUACACAUUCAGUAUUCCUGAGUGGUCAUCACUGACCAUGGAAGCCAUGGGCAUGACCGAGGUGGUCCAAGGGGAGCACACUGAAUGAGAAGAGAUUAAAUGUAGAGCUCUGGAAGUACCACCGUUUAAAGAAGAAGCUGAAGAAAAGGAAUCUGAGAAAGAGUGGCCAGGGAGGUAUGCAUGACCAAAGUGGGAGAAGAACAGAGUAACAGGGAAUUGCAAGAAGUGCCUGUUGCUGCUGAGAAUUUAACCAAGAGCGACUGAGAAAUGCCCUUGAAAUUUACAAGUGGAGGAAGUCAUUGGUGAUGACUUUUCCCUGAGCUGUUUUAAUUGUGUUGUGGCAGGGGACUGCACACCUGUUGGGAGUAGUGCAAUAAGGAAUCCAAGGUGGAAGAGGAAGUGGAAGUAGAGGCAGGCAGUGUAUACUGCUCUUUCAAGCUGGGCUGCGUGAGGUGAAGGAGAGAAAGAAUAGUAACUACAAUGCUUAUACGUUUAUCUCUCUGCAUACGAGAAAGCAAAGUUGCGUGAGGAGAGGAAUUUCCUUUUAUUCACCCCUUUAGCUUGAGGUAGAAAAGAGCUCCUGGCACCCAGUUGGCGCUCAAUAAAUAUGUGGUGGCUGUAUUAAUGAAUUAUGUUAAGAAGGGAGAGACUUGAGCAUGCUCCUUUGUGGGGGCAAGGGUAGAGGUUUUGGAGAGGAGAGGUUGAAGGUGUAGAGUAGAAAGGACAUGAUGGAACGUGGUCUCCGUGAGUCAGGAAAGUGAGAUCCCAAGUACUGCUGGAGUGGUUAUCCAGGAUACAGGAGUGUCUCCUGAAGUCACAGAAGGAAAGGAAGAAAGGACGGGAACAGGGGCGGAUAUUUAUAGGUGGUGGAGGAGGAAGUUGGGGGAGUUCUCUCCUGAUGGUGUUAUGAGUAUUCUCUGAGUUAAAAAUAAGAAUGAGUAUCAUGUAUAUAUCCUUGGAAAACGCUUUGUGAGGUCAUACAAAAAAGCCACUCCCACUCAAGCAGCUAUGCUUAUGUGGAAAGUCCUGGAUACAUAAUUGUAGGCACACACGAGGUUGUGGUCAGUGACAUAAAGGGUAGGUGAGGUAAGGCUGCGCCAGGGAGCAUGAGUAAGAGUAGGUGAGACAAGAGGUCUCCAGUCUCCGACAUAAAUGUAGGGAGUGGCUGAGAGCUGAGAGAAGGGAAUAUACAUACCAGUGAGAACCCCAGUUUGUUGAGACCCACAAACAGCACGAGAUUGUCCUUGGACUCCCUAAGGAAGUCAAAGGAAAGGCAGUGCAUGAGGCUCACUUUUCCCACUUUGAGAUACAGUGAAGAGAAACUUGAGCCUUGAGUCAGGUAGAGUAACUCUUUGUUAACAAGUCCUCUGGUUCUAACCAGGCUGGUUUUCCAGUGAUUUAUUUCUGAUUCAUUUCACAGGAAACUGCUUUCCCAACUUUUGACAACCUGUUAUCUAAAAUGAUUGGUCUGUUUAGAAGCAGAGGUAGUAGAAAGAGGAUGUGACAGUAUCUCGGUGAGUCAUAAGGAACAAGACAUGACCAUAUUUGUUCACCUCAUCAGGUUUUAUCUAGAAUUAAAGAAUAUUAAAGUGUCCGUUUUGUUUCAAUUAACAGUUUAGUAAUAAAUUCUCACUUGUUGAGAAGUCUCUCUUUUUGAUCUCAUCAAGUUCAAGACUACAUAUUUCUCAGGAAUUUCUGACAGGGAAAAUACAGCAGUCAGGAUGGGUCUUCUAGAUUUCUGUUGAAUUUAAAUAACCCAAACAAGCUGAUUUUUUUUUUCUUUUGCUAUUAACCUUAUGAGCCAUUAUUACAAAUUGACCUCUGACAGUGAAGCUGUACAAGGCAGGCUAGAGUUGGCCUUGAGUCUGGCUGCUUCUGUUUUUGCAUUUCUCACAUGUUAAAACAUGUUCCCUGUAAAGUGAACACAGGAUCUUUCAGAAGGGGAUCAGAUUCUAAGAGUAAAAGGUGUUUUGCUUAGAGCAAGUUGCAAAUUGUAAUCACUUACUUAACUGCCCUAUCAGGGAAAACAAGUUCAUAAUGUGAAGAGCACCUGUCACUUUUUGGAGGUGGAGAGAAGUAGCUUUUUUUCUUUUCUUUGACAUAAGGUGAAAUCAGAGGCUGACUAAGCUGUGCUAAUUAUGACUUGGUAUCACAGUUAGCUCAAUACUUAGAAUUCAUUUUUUUGAAGCCAUCCAAGAUUUGAUGGGUGGUGGGGGAAAACCCUCUGUGUCCCCACCUCACUCCCCCACGUUCUAAGCUUUUUAGCCAUUAGUUGAAGUUAGAACUCCAGGUAGGCCUUUAUUUGGAGGAAGAAAAUUAACUUUAUUGGCAUUCUUGAUGAGAACUAAGGGAAGGAGAGUUAUCUAGUCAGUUUGGCAUCAACAAGCUGAGAACCCAUUUCUCAUUUUCAUGGACAACUAAGUUGUAGCCAGAUCCCUAUUUUCCUGAGUUUAGUGUGUGUGUGUGUGUGUGUGUCUCAGAGACAACACUCAAGAAUUCUGAAAGAGACCAGACGUCUGGACCCUUUUACCAGAUUCUCAUUUCUGUUGGCUUUUCUGGGAAUCAACUGGGAAAGCAUUCUGAGGUGAGAGACACAUCAGAGGCAGUGAGUGAGGUAACUUGGAAAAGAUCACUGAGUUCAGGUCCCAUUUCUGCUAUUUACAAGCUGUGACCUCUCUUAGCCUCUGGGAGAUGAAGUGGCUAGAUGAGAGAACCUAGGUCUUUGCAGCUUUUCAUUCCUGUGAUGACCUGUAUGUUUAUGAAAAUAUAUGAAAAGGAAAUCCUAUUUUAAAUUCAUCAGGAUAGUUAUUAUUUAAAGAAACCCGUAUAUAGUGGGAAUCAUCACUGCCUAAUAUGUAGUCAGUCAAAACUUAUGUUGAGUUUUCUCAAAGUAAGGCACACACUUAACUAUUCAGGAUGUGUGCUGUUGUUGUUUUGGUCUGUUGAGGAUUAAGGGACAGGACGUUAGUUCUGAGUCUUAUAAUUUACAGUUGUUGAAUUCCCCCUUUAAUGCAUCUCCUCUCCCCUUUGCCCUCCCCUCUGCCCUCCCCUCCUCUCCAACCUCAGCAUCCUGUGCAUUUUUCAUCUGUACUGCUUAUCAGAUUACUUUAUAGUUGUUUGCUUACAUUUCUCUCUGUCCUUCCCAGAGGCUGGAAACCACGUCCUAUUCAUCUUUACUUUUAUAAAACAUUGAGGAGAAGAAAGAUGGUGAGAUGUCAGGAAAUAGGCAGCAGUAGAGUCAAAGAUGGCCCAGGGAAGCCCGGGUGGCUCCGUCGGUUGAGCUCCUGACUGUUGAUUUUGGUUCAGGUUGUGAUCUCAGGGUUGUGGGAUCAAGCCCUGUGUUCGGCUCUGCACUGAGCAUGGAGUCUGCUUGGGAUAUUCUCUCUCUCUCUGUCUCUCUCUGUCUCUCUCUGUGUCUCUCUGUCCCUCCCUCUCUCUGCCCCUCUCCCUAGCUGGUGCUCGCUCGCUCUCUCAAAAAAAAAAAAAAAAAAAAAAAAGCCCAGAUUUUGGUUUGGGUGACCAGGGGAAUGAUGGUGUUACAUAUAGAGACAGCUGAGGUGCCGGUUUGGAAAGAAGGUGGUGUAAUCUUGGACAAGAUUGAAUCUGUGGUACUGUCAGAACAUUCAGGCAGACUACUCAGUAGGCAGUUAGCAGUGAUGACUUAUGUCCUGGGGCAGUUGAAGGAUUUGGGCAUCAUCUACAGGAGGCUCAUCAGGGUGAAUCAGAUCUUUGAAAGGGAAAGUAAAAAAUGAAGGGAAUGGGGAAUGCUGCCCAUAUUUAGGAAACUCCAGGAUAAAGAAGAGUCCUCCAGAGUGCCAGGAAUGGUGACAGAAGUAGGAGAUGGACUGGGGUGUGCGGUACCAUGCUUUUAUGGAGGGGACAUCACACAGAAGGGAUACGAAAAGAAAAGGUCAAAACUCCUGUCUCCCUACAUCCCACAGCCACAAGAAACUGAGUCAGCAGUACAGAAAGAACAUAGAAACCAGACACCUGCUCCGUCCGCAGCUCAAACUUCUGCUCCUUCUAAGUACCACCGAACUCGAUCUGGGGGAGCCAGGGAUGAACGAUACCGAUCAGAUAUCCAUACAGAAGCAGUUCAAGCCGCACUGGCAAAGCAUAAAGAACAGAAAAUGGCUUUGCCUAUGCCAACCAAAAGGCGGUCCACAUUCGUCCAGUCUCCUGCAGAUGCCUGCACACCUCCUGACACGUCUUCGGCCUCUGAGGAUGAGGGCUCUCUGAGACGCCAAGCUGCGCUCUCUGCUGCCUUGCAACAGAGCUUACAGAAUGCUGAGUCCUGGAUCAACCGUUCAAUUCAGGGAUCGUCCACUUCUUCAUCCGCAUCUUCUACGCUGUCCCAUGGAGAGGUCAAAGGAACCAGUGGGUCUCUAGCUGAUGUUUUUGCCAGUACCCGAAUAGAGAAUCUCUCUGCUCCCCCUGAUGUCACUACAACUACCUCUUCUUCAUCAUCAUCUUCCUCAAUGCGCCCAGCAAAUAUUGAUCUGCCCCCUUCGGGGAUAGUCAAAGGCAUGCACAAAGGAUCCAACAGGUCCAGCCUUAUGGAUACAGCUGAUGGUGUUCCUGUCAGUAGCAGAGUAUCCACAAAAAUCCAGCAGCUUCUCAACACUCUCAAACGACCCAAAAGGCCUCCCUUAAAGGAAUUUUUUGUGGAUGACUCUGAAGAAAUUGUGGAAGGUAUACCUCAGCCAGACCCCAACCAGCCCAAGCCUGAGGGUCGGCAGAUGACCCCUGUGAAGGGGGAGCCAUUAGGAGUCAUCUGUAACUGGCCUCCUGCUCUCGAGUCGGCCCUACAGCGCUGGGGCACCACUCAAGCAAAAUGCCCAUGUCUGACCGCACUGGACGUGACGGGGAAACCAGUUUACACUCUUACGUAUGGAAAGUUGUGGAGCAGAAGUUUAAAGUUGGCCUACACACUGCUUAAUAAACUGGGGACCAAAAAUGAACCUGUAUUAAAACCUGGAGACAGGGUAGCCCUGGUUUACCCCAACAAUGAUCCAGUCAUGUUUAUGGUGGCUUUUUAUGGAUGUCUCCUGGCAGAAGUGAUUCCAGUGCCUAUAGAGGUACCUCUUACCAGAAAGGAUGCCGGAGGUCAGCAGAUUGGCUUCUUGCUAGGAAGCUGUGGUAUCGCCUUAGCUCUGACCAGUGAAGUUUGUCUAAAGGGGCUGCCAAAAACCCAGAAUGGAGAAAUUGUACAGUUUAAAGGUUGGCCCCGGCUCAAAUGGGUCGUAACAGAUUCCAAGUACCUUUCAAAGCCACCUAAAGACUGGCAGCCCCACAUCUCACCUGCCGGUACAGAACCAGCAUACAUUGAGUAUAAAACAAGCAAAGAAGGGAGUGUGAUGGGAGUUACAGUAUCCCGCCUUGCGAUGUUGUCUCACUGCCAAGCUCUGUCCCAGGCCUGCAAUUAUUCUGAAGGGGAGACAGUGGUAAAUGUUUUAGACUUUAAGAAGGAUGCCGGGCUAUGGCAUGGCAUGUUUGCGAAUGUAAUGAACAAGAUGCAUACAAUUAGUGUACCCUACUCUGUUAUGAAGACUUGCCCGCUCUCUUGGGUCCAGAGAGUACAUGCCCACAAAGCCAAAGUAGCUUUAGUAAAAUGUCGAGACUUGCAUUGGGCUAUGAUGGCACAUCGGGACCAAAGAGAUGUCAGCUUGAGUUCCCUCCGGAUGUUAAUUGUAACUGAUGGAGCUAAUCCCUGGUCUGUGUCAUCCUGUGAUGCCUUCCUGAGUCUAUUCCAAAGCCAUGGACUGAAACCUGAGGCCAUCUGUCCAUGUGCUACUUCUGCUGAAGCCAUGACUGUCGCAAUCCGCAGGCCUGGAGUUCCAGGGGCCCCUUUGCCAGGAAGAGCUAUUCUCUCAAUGAAUGGAUUGAGCUAUGGAGUAAUACGGGUCAAUACUGAAGAUAAAAAUUCAGCACUGACGGUCCAGGAUGUGGGCCAUGUAAUGCCUGGUGGGAUGAUGUGCAUUGUGAGACCCGAUGGACCUCCCCAACUCUGCAAAACAGAUGAAAUUGGAGAGAUCUGUGUCAGCUCUAGAACAGGAGGCAUGAUGUACUUUGGGCUUGCUGGUGUGACAAAAAAUACAUUUGAGGUAAUUCCAGUCAAUUCUGCAGGCUCUCCUGUUGGGGACGUCCCCUUCAUCCGGUCAGGAUUACUGGGGUUUGUAGGGCCGGGCAGUUUGGUGUUCGUGGUUGGAAAAAUGGAUGGGUUACUGAUGGUUAGUGGUCGAAGACAUAAUGCUGAUGACAUUGUUGCUACUGGAUUGGCUGUUGAAUCAAUAAAGACUGUUUAUAGAGGAAGAAUUGCUGUGUUUUCUGUGUCUGUAUUUUAUGAUGAGCGCAUCGUGGUGGUUGCGGAACAAAGACCCGACGCCUCAGAGGAAGACAGUUUCCAGUGGAUGAGCCGUGUGCUGCAGGCAAUCGAUAGCAUUCAUCAAGUGGGGGUUUAUUGUCUCGCUCUGGUGCCUGCCAAUACAUUGCCAAAAACUCCACUGGGAGGGAUCCAUAUAUCUCAGACGAAACAGCUCUUUCUGGAGGGAUCUCUACAUCCUUGCAAUAUCCUCAUGUGCCCACAUACAUGUGUGACCAAUUUGCCAAAACCCCGGCAAAAGCAACCAGGUGUAGGCCCUGCUUCUGUGAUGGUUGGGAAUCUGGUUGCUGGAAAACGCAUAGCACAAGCUGCAGGAAGGGAUCUUGGGCAAAUUGAAGAGAAUGACUUAGUGAGGAAGCACCAAUUUCUGGCCGAGAUUUUACAGUGGCGAGCCCAGGCAACCCCUGACCAUGUACUCUUCAUGCUGUUAAAUGCCAAGGGAACUACAGUGUGCACAGCCAGUUGCCUUCAGCUUCACAAGCGAGCAGAGAGGAUUGCGUCAGUUCUUGGUGAUAAGGGGCAUCUCAAUGCAGGAGACAAUGUGGUGUUGCUCUAUCCACCUGGCAUCGAGCUAAUAGCUGCGUUCUAUGGUUGCCUGUACGCGGGGUGCAUACCUGUGACUGUCCGGCCUCCUCACGCUCAGAACCUUACUGCCACGUUGCCCACUGUCCGCAUGAUUGUUGAUGUCAGCAAAGCAGCCUGCAUUCUCACCACGCAGACCUUAAUGAGGUUAUUGAGGUCCCGAGAGGCAGCAGCAGCUGUGGACGUGAAAACGUGGCCAACCAUCAUUGACACAGAUGACUUACCCAGGAAAAGGUUACCUCAGCUGUAUAAACCACCCACUCCUGAGAUGUUGGCAUAUCUUGAUUUUAGUGUGUCCACAACCGGCAUGCUUACAGGAGUGAAGAUGUCCCACUCUGCAGUCAAUGCUCUUUGUAGAGCCGUCAAGCUCCAGUGUGAGUUGUAUUCUUCUCGGCAGAUCGCCAUCUGCCUUGACCCUUACUGUGGACUUGGCUUUGCACUCUGGUGUCUCUGCAGUGUCUAUUCAGGUCACCAGUCCAUCUUAAUUCCUCCUAUGGAGUUAGAAAACAACCUUUUCCUCUGGCUCUCCACUGUCAACCAAUACAAAAUAAGGGACACUUUCUGCUCCUAUUCAGUAAUGGAGCUCUGCACCAAAGGGCUUGGAAACCAAGUGGAGGUGCUAAAGACCAGAGGAAUCAACCUCUCCUGCAUCCGAACGUGUGUGGUUGUGGCCGAGGAGCGGCCCCGCAUUGCCCUCCAGCAGUCCUUCUCCAAGCUCUUCAAAGACAUUGGUCUGUCCCCUCGGGCUGUCAGCACCACUUUUGGAUCAAGAGUCAAUGUAGCGAUAUGUUUACAGGGAACCUCAGGGCCUGAUCCAACUACUGUAUAUGUAGAUCUGAAAUCAUUGAGACAUGACAGGGUUCGUCUUGUGGAAAGGGGUGCCCCUCAGAGUUUACUCCUCUCAGAGUCUGGAAAGAUUUUACCUGGAGUGAAAGUGGUUAUUGUUAAUCCUGAGACCAAAGGGCCUGUAGGAGACUCUCACCUUGGAGAGAUUUGGGUGAACAGUCCCCACACAGCCAGUGGCUAUUACACCAUCUAUGAUAGUGAGACUCUUCAAGCCGAUCAUUUCAACACUCGCCUCAGUUUUGGGGAUGCUGCGCAGACACUCUGGGCUCGGACAGGAUACCUUGGUUUUGUCCGCCGGACCGAGCUCACAGCAGCCACUGGAGAGCGUCAUGAUGCAUUAUAUGUGGUGGGAGCUCUGGAUGAAACGCUGGAGCUGAGAGGAUUACGAUACCACCCGAUCGAUAUUGAGACCUCAGUGUCCCGGAUCCACAGGAGCAUUGCCGAAUGUGCCGUGUUCACGUGGACCAACUUGCUCGUGGUGGUCGUAGAACUGUGUGGCUCUGAACAGGAAGCCCUAGAUCUGGUUCCUUUAGUGACAAAUGUGGUCCUGGAAGAGCAUUACCUCAUCGUUGGCGUCGUGGUUGUGGUGGACCCAGGUGUUAUCCCCAUCAACUCCAGAGGAGAGAAGCAGAGGAUGCACCUCCGGGACAGCUUCCUGGCUGACCAGUUAGACCCCAUCUACGUGGCUUAUAACAUGUAACCCGCCUUGUGGGGCUUGCAGGGGGCCGUCCUGAAAAACCACAAGGACCAAAGACCAGCGACUAGGAGCAAGCUUUCAAAUGAUGUGAAAUAAGCUGAGAUGGUUACAUUAUACCCUUCAUCUCAUCCUGUGGGAUUCCGCAGUCACAGGACACACAGGCAAGGGCAGUUGUGUGGUAGCAAAUGAAAAAAAUGUUAACAGCCCAUUAGUCAUGAGCUUUGACAUAGCGUGAGCAGCACGUUACUAAAGCAAUUACAUGCAUGUUGCAUUUUUUUCAUCUGUUGUAAAUACUUGUAUUUUUAUCUAAUGCUGUUUUAGAAUUUUGUAAGGGAGUUUAAUGAAUUCACACGAAGGGGGUAGUCGGAGUUCCACAGCUCCCCGCUCUGUACUGUAUUCUGAUGUUUUACCGUAGCUGGACGUUCUGCGGGUUUUGUUAACACGGAUACUCAGCUUACUUUCCGCUGACCCAUAAGCAAAUCAGAUAUAACCCACUGAAUAUGAGAGUUACCCUAUAUAUAUACUUCUUGACAGGAAAACAUAUUGACCAGUGUUUUAAACAUGUAAAUAAGAAGACACACACAAUUCAGCUAAAAAACUGACACGUUGGCUUGUAUAGUCCUAACAACUAAAGUAGAAACAUUUCUCCUUGGAGAGCAUCUCAAUGUUCUCUUAAUGCAGUGUAAUUGAAUAGGUAACUAAAAAGUGCAAAUCGAUCACAGGUUUUGCUGCACAUUGUACUAUGUCUCUGUUGGCUGAUGUGUUUUAUAAACUAAAGCUGCCUCUGUUUGUUUUCAAAGCUUGCAUUCCCAGAAUCGGCUUAAGCUUUUAAGAACUCAACCUGUUCCUACAAGCUGAAAAUCUCAGUUUAAAAAUCAAAAUGUUAAUGAAAAGGCUAAGCUUCAUUAGAUCCCACCCGAUGCUAAGGAACCACAAUAACUCACUGUGGCCCCCAGUGUUGAAACUGUGUUUCAAAUUUCGAGUGACGAUGUAAGAAUUUAGGAUUUCCUCUUUUUCCAGGCCCAUUGUCAACUGCGUCUACAGUUUAUACAUAUAGCUUCUCUUUUCUGAAAACUGAAAAGCAUCCUCUGUUCUUCCAGUUCAUGAGGGCAGGGAUUUUAGGAACAAGAAUGACAGGCUGGGAAGGCACUGGGAUCGACAGUCACGUGAAACCGCAAAGGCGACAUAACUCCGUAUCUCAAAACUGACUGGUUCGGGUUGCCAAGAUGGCUAGGCUUACGCUGAAAUAGGGGAAGUCUGAUGUGUGCAAGAAACUCUUUUGAAAUAACUGUGGUGCCCAGGCCAAGUGGACUGAGCAUGGGACUGAAUUUGGCCUCUGGCUCGGUUUCCUUUCUUUGGUCUGAUACUUCAUGUAUUUGAAUAUAGUUGAAUUUUAUUAUUUUUUUCUUACAGAAAUAUUUUUAAGAAUUUAAAAAAAAAAAAAAAGAAGCUCCAAGUGAACAGAGUUAACUUGUUAAAUCAGAAUGGUUCUCUUUGACCCACUCUGGUCUAGUGUGUAAAUAUUUAUUUAGACUAUUUUAAUAAUACAUAUUAUUUACCCCACUGUAACAUCAUGUAAACUAAAUAUGUUUUUAAACAAUUUUUAAGACUUGUAAUUACCCUGAAAAUAAGGUUUAUAAUGCAAAGCCCAGACCCUUCACCAUGGUGGCACUCCCAGGGGCUGCCCUCAGUCUCGUGGCUCAAAGCCACUUUCUUGCCUCCCUUUUACACAAGCCUCUUUUCCUCCCAGUUCUUUCUCCACUGAGGGCAGACCCCAAGGCAUGUUCCAGCUCCAGAUCUCUUUUUUGACAUUUUGGAUGAAAUUAGUUUACACAUGACAGAAGAGGUUCUAAGAUGUACAAAAAAAAAAGCACUUACGCUGGGACAAGAAAGCCCAGUGACUAGCUACGGUUUGGUUUGCGGAAAAAAACAGCUCGCUUAUUUGGAAAGUAAUUUUCACCUAAAGUAGUUUCAGUAACUCACUAAACAAAGCAGGGGAUUUCUGAAGAUUAAAGAGUUCUAUUUCCAUAAUCCACAAGUUCUAAGAGAAAAAUAGGCAGAGUAUUAUCCUUUGGGUUGCUGUGAAAAUUGUCACUAUACAACUGUGGGUGUCUGCUAGAAUUAUAAUGGGAGCCACAUCUGUCAUUUUAAAUGUUCUAGUAAUCACGUUUUAAAAAGUAAAAGAAACCAGCGAAAUUGAUUUUAAUAUAUUUUUUUAACUCGGUAUAUCAAAAAUAGUAUAAUCUCCAUCUGGAAUCAGUACGAAAAGUGAGAUAUUUUAUUUUCUUUGUUUCCUAUUAAGUCUUUGAAAUCCAGUGUGUAUUAAGCACAUUUCAAUUCGGACUACCCAUACUUCCAGUUUUUGGUAGCCACAUGCGGCCAGUGGCUACGAUAUUGGACAGAAGUGAUCUGUACUCAUUCUUUCAAAUAAGAUACUCCAUUCCUCUCAGAGUAUGGUCAACUCCCAGUUACUUAGGAUCUGAUUAUCUGGAUUUGUAGUUCCUCAGACCUCUGCUUUAUCUCUAGUUUUUGCUCUCUGCCUUGUGGCUGCUUUAUUGAUCUUUUGCCUAUCCCUCAAAGCCAGAAUAUGCUAGUGGAAGAAAGAAAGCUGAGCUGUGUCUUUGGGAACUUCAUUAGUAACUGUGGUGAAGUGUCCUCUGGAAGGGGAAGAGAGUCCAGUCAUUAGCCUAGAGGUGUUUGUGGGGUCAUCUGCAGAUUUAAUGCCUGGUCUGUUACAGACUUGAAUAAGAAAACUCCCUCUUGAAGACGCAAUGCUUGUGCUCUUUCCACGUUAAGUAGAACCUUUGUGGUAGAAGGUCUUAGGACAGACCCAAAAGGCCAUUAUUGAUAGAAACAGCCUAGCCAAAACUCUGGAACACAUUCUGUCUGGGUGUUUACGCCUGUGAAAGAGAAAACUAGAUUAAUAGCAAGGCCCCAUUCCAGUUGAGAGAAAUCCAUUCAUCUUAAAGCCUUUGAACCUCUUUCUGCCUUCUCAGCAGAAGUAAUUGAGGUAGAUCAGGAAGGGGCUGCCUCAGGAAAAUUCCUAAGCCCAAGGGAUUCUUAGAGCUGCACAAAUGUCAUCUCCUGCAUCAGUGAGACCCUGGGAAUGACCGGCAUGCCAGCGGGCAUCAGUGUGAAUCCACAGCCUUUAUUUACUUCCUGCCUCACAAAGGGCCCCGGUCCAGACCGCCACAACCACCAAGUCCUUUCCUCCUGAAGUUGUGCUGCCUCGGGCUGUUUAGGGACCAUUGCCUGUCUGUUGGUAAUCCCAGUGUUUCUCCUGUCUUUAGUCCCUGAGCAGUGCUUGCUUAAUGCUUUUGUUGAAUCAACAAAGGGCCUGAGGCCUUAGGUUUUUUGUUAAGGUCUCUGCCCCAGGCAUGGUGCUCAAUAUCUUGGCCAAAUAAAUGACUUUCCUUGAAUACGCAGCAAUCUUUUAGACUAAAGCAAUGAGGAGUUAUCACCUCACCCUCAAACUCCAACAUGACCUAUGCCUUAGUGUUGUUGUUUUCGUUGUCUGCUCUGAUGUAAAAGCAAGAGUAUUUGGAGCAAGAAGCUGCACUACUCCAGAUACACAAUAGGCCUUUUCUUUAUCAUUCAUAAUAACAUUUCCGGUUUAGGUAUAUGUAGAUGGGCCAUGUUAUUUGUCCACAGGAAGAGAGUGUAAAGAUAUGAGAAUAAUUUUUUAGUCCUAAAUGAUGUUUUGUUUACUUUCUGUCAAGGUAUUUACCAGUGUCAAAUUCAAACUAUAGUACUGUGUAAUUAUGUAUAAAGUUUUUUUAUUUAUUUGAAAUUAGACUAGAUAUACAUUUUUAAAUUUAACAUCUGGCUGGACAGUGUUCUAUUAACUCAUUGAAUGUGUUUCCUUUGUCUUGUGUUAAUAAAUAUUGAUGCCUGA